UUAAUUAAUGCAUCUACAUCACCAUCUAGAUCAUCUCUUGUUGCCAUUUUUUGUCAAUCAAACUCAAUUCACUGAAUUUUGCUAAAAUAUAGAAAGAAACUCGUUGAAUGAAAGAACUGGAAUGAUUACUACCCCAAUAAUUCCCAACGUUUCCCCUUUGGGCUUUGCUUUCAAACUCUCGCGUAAAAAGGGAUUUGUAUUGAUCAACACGUCUGCUUCGCACAGAGUGUUGGUACCCCCCAUUGAUUGUGAGCAUGUUCUCCCCUUUUGAGGAGCUUGAGGGAUAAAAGCAUUUGCGCGCGCCAAAGUAUCUGUUAGUUUGCUGAAUAACCCGCAGGAGGAUGUACUGUCGUUUUAUUGGUGCCGGCCUAGCUCUUGUGGCCAUUCUAGCGUCUUCAGUGGCACAAAAUCAACCGAAAGGGGAUGAAAAUUGCGAAACAAUGCCCUCGGAGAUUCACCUAAUUAAAGAGGAAUUCGAUGAAUUGGGGAGACUCCAGCGAACGUGCAAUGGUGAGGUGAAUGUCAACAAGUGCGAAGGGUUGUGCAACAGUCAAGUUCAACCGUCUGUUAUCACCCCAACGGGCUUCCUGAAGGAAUGCUACUGCUGCCGUGAAAGCUACCUCCGUGAGCGUCUUGUCACGCUGACCCAUUGCUACGACCCGGAUGGGGCACGACUGGCACAACCUGAAAUGGCAACUAUGGACAUUCGUCUGAAGGAACCCGCUGAUUGUCGUUGCUUCAAGUGCGGGGGUGAUGAGUGCCAAGUGACCCCCGUAAUACAUGUCCUCCAGUACCCUGGGUGCGUGCCAAAGCCCAUUCCCUCAUUUGCGUGCAUUGGACGCUGUGCGAGCUACCUCCAAGUGUCCGGAAGUAAGAUUUGGCAGAUGGAGCGUUCGUGUAUGUGUUGCCAGGAGUCGGGAGAACGCGAGGCAGCCGUUUCGCUUUUCUGCCCAAAAGCAAAGCCCGGAGAACGCAAAUUCCGUAAGGUUUCAACGAAGGCUCCCCUUGAGUGCAUGUGCAGACCGUGUACGGGUGUCGAGGAGAGCUCCAUUGUACCCCAAGAAAUUGCUGGGUAUGCAGAUGAAGGACCACUGACGGGUCACUUCCGAAAAUCUCAGUAA